CUACCUGCUGGGGAGCUGAAGAAGUACAUUGGGAGGACUUCCUUCCCAAUUACUCCGACUUUCUGGGUAUAUACGGCAGGAUGCUGGUCAACAGAUUCUGCCUGUUGGACAAGACCAUGAUGAACAUAGGCUCGGCCAUGUAUCUCUCGGCUUCCAUCUUCGACCACGCCUGCAAGCCUAACUGCUACAUCUCCUUCGACGGGAAGAACGUGCAGAUCAGAGCCCUCGUCGAUAUGCCUAACUUUAGCUAUAGCAAGUGUCGGAUCAGCUACACCGACCCUGUCUGCAGCGUCACUAGCCGUCGGGAGAACCUCUACAAGAAAUGGUUCUUCUGGUGUGACUGUAGCUUCUGUCACGACGAAGGGAGAGUCAAGUUCGAGAACACCAUCAAGUGUGAAAAUGUUAACUGCCAGGCGCCCGUGACUGUCCCUGAAAUGAGCAGAUGGAAGCGUGCAGCGUGGCAACAAAAGGCCACCACGAACGGUGAACAACAGAAGGAGACAACGAAAGAUGAACAACAGAAGACAUGGGGCAAUGAAAUACAGCGGAAGCCAUCAACGGAGGAAAAACAGCGUGACAAACAACAGCAAAACGGGAAACAACAGCGAGACAACCAGCGUCAGGAGGAAGAGGAGGAGGAGCCACCGGCGUGCAGUGUGUGUAACUGUCCCGUCAGCGACCUAGCCAUCAGACAAUACCAGCUGGCCGUCACCUUCACUAAAGAGAAACUCAGUACCAUGUCCGAGGAGAACCCCACCCUGGAGAGCUGCUUGGAGAUCCUGGAGAAGCAGGACAACUUCUCCAGUAUGAACGUGUGGAGAGUUCGCACGACGGACUUCGCUUUCAACGCCUGUGUGUACAAUGGCUGCUGGAUCCGCGCCCUUACCUACGGCGAAGAGAACCUGUGUGGUAUGAGGUACUACUACGGGUCGGAACAUCCUACCCUCGGCCUCUUCCUCUUCAAGUUAGGUAAAGCAAAGAUCUACUUCAAGGAAUUCCGAGACGGUAUCCGCUGUCUGGAGGAAGCUGAACCACACGUCGUUAAUGGUCUGGGCCCCAACCACCCCAUCGUCGAGGAUCUCAGACUCACCAGUCUUAUGGCGAACGAGGACAUUGAAAUCUGCUUAGAGAGACGCAUAGCAGCUGCCAACAAACGACAGAUGGAGAUAACGGCGAAGGAAAAUAAUGUCUUCAACUACAAGAGGGAAUUAGAGAAGAUCUUCAAGUACACAAGCCCCGUCGCUUAGUGUAGGACUGACACACACACACACACACACACCACUUAAAGAAAAAUUAUCCCCUUAAAAUCAAGUAAAAUCUUCAAAAAUUCCGACAGGACAAAUUGCUCUAUACAAACAGGGAAGGAAAUAAAUGGAAACAGGAAAAUAAACAUACUGUACCCCCUCCACCUCCCCACCCAUCUCCAUGAUAAUUCUCAACAUCUCUUGGAGGGCUUGUAGUGGCCAAAGAACGAUACUAGACUUUAUAAAAAUAAAUAAAUAAUAAAUAAGACUUGCUGUUCAGGUAACGUCAAGCCAUAUUUACGGGUUACGUAAAUAGUUAUAAAAAGGUGGGCAAAAAAAAAAAUAUCAACGCGAUAAUGUAAACCUGAUCUACACCAAUCACGUUAACCACAACGUAUCUAUCGGGGCUAUAGUUAAUGUUGCCUCCUUCCAUUACAUUAAACCUUAUUUUUUUUAUACAAUCAUCCACACAUUCACCAUAAUAAUAAUAGGAGUUAAUUAAGUGUUUCAACAUAUAGUAAUUAUUAUAUACCUGUCCAUCCUAACACAAAGGUGAACUCUAUGAGGUAAGAUAAUAAUGACUCAACAUGAAAUAAAGUUCUAUACCCAAAGUAUUAUAGAUUAUGAAGUGUUGAGUAUAAUAAUGUUUCUUAUCGUCUCAAGAUGCCCAUAAUUAUGUAACUCAGGCGGAUAUAAAAUCUCAUAAAACUCAAUCACUCAAGCAUUAUUAUUAUUAACAUUUUGGAUUCACUGUGUUUCUGCUCUGUCUGGACUUACAAUUAACUGCUAAAAUAUAGAGGCUAUUUGUGUGUCCAAUUAAUAGACUUUUGGACUUGGCUUAAAAGCAUUAUAUCUUAUGGAAACAGUUUGUAUUAAUAGCUAAAAGGCAAAACAGAUCUGCUACAGCGUUAAUCUUUCUAUCAUAACCAAUACUGUUAUUUCAUCUGUUUUAUAUACAUUAGUUGUAGAUUCUGUGUAUAUAAAUUGGUCAAGAAUCACUGUAUAUAUCCUGCAUAUAAAUCUCUUCCUGUUAGCGUUAGUUUGUAUUUUUCCUUCAAUUAAAUGGUAAAAAUUU